AUGGAUGGGGUAGCCAUGAUGGGCGUGGGGGCCACGAUGGACGGGGUGGCCACGAUGGACGUGGGGGCCACGAUGGACGUGGUGGCCACGAUGGACGUGGUGGCUACGAUGGACGUGGUGGCCACGAUGGACGUGGUGGCCACGAUGGACGUGGUGGCCACGAUGGACGUGGUGGCCACGAUGGACGUGGUGGCCACGAUGGACGUGGUGGCCACGAUGGACGUGGUGGCCACGAUGGACGUGGUGGCCACGAUGGACGUGGUGGCCACGAUGGACGGGGUGGCCACGAUGGACGGGGUGGCCACGAUGGGCGGGGUGGCCAUGAUGUGCGUGGGGGCCACGAUGGAUGGGGUGGCCACGAUGGAUGGGGUGGCCACGAUGGGCGUGGGGGCUACGAUGGAUGGGGUGGCCACGAUGGGCGUGGGGGCCACGAUGGAUGGGGUGGCCAUGAUGGCCGUGGGGGCUACGAUGGAUGGGGUGGCCAUGAUGGGCGUGGGGGCCACGAUGGAUGGGGUGGCCAUGAUGGCCGUGGGGGCCACGAUGGAUGGGGUGGCCAUGAUGGGCGUGGGGGCCACAAUGGACGGGGUGGCCAUGAUGGACGGGGUGGCCAUGAUGGGCAUAGAGGCCAUGAUGGAUGGGAUGGGCGCGGAGGUCAUGAUGGGCACGGUGGUCAUGAUGGACGUGGGGGUCAUGAUAAAGAAGGUCAUGAUGGACACGGUGGUCAUGAUGGACGCGGUGGUCAUGAUGGACGUAGUGGUGAAGAUGGACGCAGUGGUCAAGAUGGACGGGGCGGUCAUGAUGGACGCAGUGCUCAAGAUGGACUCAGUGCUCAAGAUGGACUCAGUGCUCAAAAUGGACGCAGUGCUCAAGAUGGACGCAGUGCUCAAAAUGGACUUAGUGCUCAAAGUGGACGCAGUCCUCAAGGCCGCCCAGUCUGAUGCUGUGGAUUCAGACAAAUUUGCUGAUGUCCCUACAUUGGGGUUUACUUUUAAUAAAUACUUUAAUGCAAAUGAGGUCUUGGGUUAUUUUAUUUUUUAUAAAAUCCUCAGCUAA